ACAUUCUUUAUUGUGGAAUUUAAUUAUCUCUUGAACUAUUUAUUAGGCAACUGAAGAAAAAAAUGUCAAAUGUACGUCCCAGUGCAUCUUAUUUUAGCAUACUGCUGCGAAAUAUUGGCACACUCAGAUGUUAGUAACUGCUAAAGACUGUAAUAACAACAGCAACAACAAAAAAUGGCAAUAUAUGAGUAGUUAUGUCAAAUUUUUAACUGAAGAACUCAAUUUUGAAGAGAUUUUGCUCCAGAAUGGAAACAUGCUUGUAUAAAUUGAUAUUGUAUUGAACUAAUGGCUGAAGUGACUUGGAAAGCAUUGCUUUUUGAAACAGUUUUGGGCACUGUGGUGGCUGUGGGAUGAAGUAUUGGUACCAAGUCAGGCAGAGCAGACCUUGUAAUGCUCUUACAGCUCAGAGGUUUCCUAUGUGACACAAAGGUUUGUCCCUAAACCUUUCUUUCCCCUCUGGAGUUCAGCAGUAAUUCCAACCUCUUCAUCUGGGACUGUAGACGCUGUAUAGGAAAUGCUUCCUGCUGCUUUAAGCUGUCCUGACCAGAAGAGGAAUUGCUCUUAGUGUUCGAUAGUUACCAAAGACAUUUUUUCUCAGAGGUUUAAGCUGUUUUGAUGUUUAAUUUUAAAAUUCACAUCAAUCCACAGCAAAAAUCCACAUGCAAAAGCUGGGUUUUUCGCUUCGAAAUCACAGCUUAGUGGGUUGUGUUUUUUUUGGGCCACUGAAUUUUUAUAGAGGAAGAGACCACCUCACCACCUCACCACCUCACCUAUGGCUCCUCUUUUCUGUCCUACGUUGCUUUAAGCUGUUUAUUCAUUUCUUUCUUGUCCAGAAGUUUCUCUAAACCUUUGCUCACCUUCACUGCCACUUUUUGAAGCUUCCCCUCUUUAGCUGCCUCCUUUUAGAGAUGGAGAACCAGACCUGUGAGCAGCACCAAUCAUACACACGGUCCUUCAGAAGCUCACAUCUGAAGAGCUCUUUUGAUUCCCUGGGUGUGGGUCCCCAGGUGCUUUCAUGUAAAGGCUGAAACCCAGAACUAGAUCCAAAGAUCCUCAGGAGAAGAGCAUAGGGGGAAGACAGGGCUUGAGGUGCUUGUAACCACCAACCUUGCCAAUGAGAGCUGCCAAGGUGUCCUAUGUCAUCUGGAAUUUCCAGUUUUGCCUUUGGCUUCACCUGCAUGUGUUUCCCUAGCUCCAUUUUCUCUGCUAUUCGUGAAAGUGAGGAGAAAAAAAAUAUUUUCUAAUACUCUUUUCCUGUUUGAUUCUUCAAGUUUCAUUGGCUACUACAGUAGAAAUGAAAAAUCAAAAUGGUACAAUGCUUUGCUUGCCUGCUCUACAGUGGACUGUCCCAGAGUUUGCACAGUGCAGGGCAAGACCUUGUUGCAAGGCUGAGCUGGUUGCUGUCCUGCUGUUCCCCAACAGAUCCUCGAUGCGGUGCUUCGCUCUCAGACUCCAACAAAGCAUUAAAGAUUGACCUCAAUUCAAAUGCAAACUGUGUCUGGCACAUUCAGAGGAGUGAUAAUCAAACAAUUAGGCUCAUCUUCUCGUAUUUUAAAUUCAAUCCUUCCUCAAGCUGUGAAACAGAAAAUAUUGAAGUCUAUGAUGGUGCCUCGCCUAAUUCACCUCUUCUUGGACAAGUAUGUAACAACACUGACGCCGUCCCAGUGUUCCAGUCAUCUUCAAACAGUCUGACUUUUCUCAUUACAACAAACUCUGUGGAUUUCACACGAAACUUCUUUGUCUUCUAUUACUUCUUCUCACCAGAAACAGCAGUUGAAAACUGUGGGGGAAACUUGACUGGUCCCAGUGGGACAUUUACCAGCCCCAACUACCCAGCAGCUUAUCCUGAGUUUACCUAUUGUGUCUGGCACAUACAGACUACAGAAAACUCGAAGAUAAGCUUAGAAUUUCAGGAUUUGUUCCUGGAACUAGAUCAGAACUGCCAGUUUGAUUUUCUGGCAGUCUAUGACGGCCUCACCACUAACACUGGCCUAAUUGGAAAAGUAUGCGGUGUUUCUCGGCCCACGUUUGAAUCUUCUUCAAAUGUCAUGACAGUCGUGCUGUCUACAGACUAUGCCAACUCCUACAGAGGGUUUUCUGCUCAAUAUACCAGCAUUCUGCCAAGUCUCCCAGAGCCCGACACAUCCCUUACAUGCUCUUCAGACAGAAUGACAAUUGUUCUGAGCAAGGCUUACCUGGACUCCAUUGGCUAUAAUGAAACUCACCUACAGCUCAAUGACCCAUCCUGCAGGCCAGUUACAACAGACCAAGUGAUCUUUUCCUUUCCUUUAAACAGCUGUGAAACAACUAAGGAGGAGGAAGAUCAGAGCAUCACUUACACCAACAUCAUAACUCUCUCUGAAAGUGGCAACAUCAUCACCCGCAAAAAGACCGUCCAGAUCGUUGCAAAAUGCAUAAUGGAAAAGAAUUCAACCCUAGAAGUCAUUUAUGUAACAGAAAACAAUGUAAUCCAGAACACAACCUCUGUGGGAAUAUACAACAUUAGCAUGUCAUUCUAUGAUUCUGAUUCAUUCUCCAGCCCUGUACUUGAGUCCCCCUAUUAUGUAGACUUGAACCAAACUCUUUUUGUUCAAGUCAGCCUUCAUUCCACUGACCCAGACCUUUUGGUGUUCAUUGAUACCUGCACAGCAUCUCCACAGUCUGAUUUUGGAUCAAUAACAUAUGACUUGAUUAGAAGUGGCUGUAACAAAGAUGACACUGUGGUAACAUAUCCAACCCUGGAGCACUAUGGAAGAUUCAGCUUUAAUGCCUUCAGGUUCCUGAGGAGAGCUCCAUCAGUUUAUCUCCAGUGUGAUGUUUUAAUUUGUGACAGCAACAGCAUGAACUCUCGCUGUACCAAAGGCUGUGUCUCCAGGCACAAGAGGGACACUUCCUCAUUCACUUGGAAAACCAAGGCUGUAGUAGGUCCUAUCCGCCUGAAACGAGACCGCAGGGCUGCUGAGCAUCUAGAAUCCCUCACUAGGACAGAUGCUGAAGAAACCCCAAACCUACAAGACAGCUUCUACGCUCUUUCAUUUGUGGUUUUGAUUUCAAACAUUAUCACUGUGGUAGCUGUGGCACUAAAAUGUCACAAUAAAUGCCUAUCGAGAUACAGCUACCAAAAAAUCCAAAGUUGAUAUUAACUGCUCUACAACGUUGUGAAUUGGUAACAAAUUUCUAUUCAGGUUUAUCACUCAAAGAGGGGAGAAUGGGAAAAAUGAAGCAAAUUAACAGUCCUGCAAUGCAACAAUGCUUGGAAACACGCUUCAAUCUUUUUGAUGUAAUGUUACACAUCUAAAGUAGGAGAUGAUUUAGGUCCUUAUUAAAAAAGGAAAAAAAACCCACCCUGUUUUCAAGUCAUUUUGAAACUGUACUUAGCAUGAGUUAAACAGAGGGACAACCAUGAGAUAGCUGUUCUGCACAAAUUAUCCCACCUCUGCAAUUGGCUUUUGUAGGUUGCUGAUAGUUUUCAAGAGACAUCAGUUUUCUUAUACGUGUCUACUAUGUGCCCCUUGUCAACAUUUGCUGCCCCCAGUUUUUGCUCAAAGCAUCUAAGACACUGAAUAUAACAAUAUCUGUCCAAGGUAGGAGGUCCGUAUACAAUCAAAGUUAAAUGGUGCACCCCAGAUUUUGAAGAGCAAUAAGCAGAGUGAAGUACAAAGAUUGACCUUUCAAUAAGGAUGGACUUUGUGACAUUUCUACCUCUUUGAAUGACAACAGAUCAGAUCCCAACAAGUUACAGUAAAUACAAAGCAAUAAGGCUACUUUUAGUGGAAAUGCUAAGUCAUGGCCUGAAGCAGUGAUGGAGCACCUGGUGGAAGGCAGGGCCAACCCAGGGCAGCUCAGGUGCAUGCAAUGCAGCUCAGUGACCAGAAGGGCUGGAGCCAGGGUCCACCCCUUCCCAGACCUCAUUUAAGGGCUGGCUGUAGAGGUGAGGGCAUCUUCUGCCAGAGAUCCCUGCCUAAAUGAGGCCUUCUAAAGGAUUUCUGACAGAUGAAGAUUCACUGACUGACUGAUGCAGUGAUGUCUGAAUGGCUGCACCGUGAAAUCCAUCCACUGGAUGCUCGUUUCCAAAGUCUGAGCUCUUCCCAAAC